UGUGGGAACGGGGCUCGAACCUGACUUUCGAACCAACCUGCGUCAUUGGGUAUCUGGCAGUGGGUAUGAGGCACUGUUAAACGAACCUCUUUGAUGCCAACUUGGAGCCCUGGGUGCGUCCUACUGUAGGCAAAUAUGGCCAAUUUCGACCAAUUACGACCAGGUGACGGGGCGCAGGUGAUGACCAAAAUGGCGCCGGCGGAGACCGUAUCCCCACCCUGCAAGUGGGCUUCGCAUCCAGGGGGCCUCCUCGGAAGUUGCACGUGAGGUCAACAUGAGUGCCACGACCAACUCGACCAGCCUGGUUGGCUGGGUGGGAGAGCCCGCACAGCUCACCUACAACAUCAGCACCCGAGUCGGCAUCAUAGUCGAGUGCACCAGGAACGCCGACCACGUCACCUCGUACUACGUUCUGGUUCCCGGCGAGGAGACGGUGCGGCUGAACCGCUCCAUCAGCAUCGGCUCGCUUAAGUUCCGCGACGCUGGUUUGUACACGUGCGAGGCCCGAGAGCCCGUGCCGGGAGGCGGUGAACCCGUGGUCGUGAACGUGUCGUGGACCCUGACCGUGGAGCGGCGUCCCCCCGCUUGCCUCGUCAACGAGUCGUGCACCGAGGUCCAGGGUCACAGCUGCUGGAGGGACCUGUGCACAUGCCGCUCCUCGGACAUGAGCUUCUUCUCCAAGAGGGGACACCGGCGGUGCCGCAUCGCCGGAGCGCUAAGCCUAACCGCCAGGGUCACUGCGCUUCCCCGCUCAGCGUUCGAUCUGCUCGAGAUCAGCUACUACCUGGUCACGUACGGCGACACCGUCGUCAGGUGGUACAGCGAUCGGGAGCGCGGCGGCCGGUCCAUCGCCAAGGUCAUGGUCGACUCUCCGCGCCGACAGUUCAGUGGCGCCAUCUACCUGCGUCGGCGGGAGUUCACACACGGCGGCACCGUCAACGUGACCGCGGUGCUGUCCGGCACGCCGACGUCGAAGUUGGUGCAGAUCGACGUGCCCAAGAGCACAUACCAGAUCGGCGACGUCUGUGAGGAGGACGCCGACUGCAGUAACGCCCAAGGGUUCUGCAUGAAGGGUCGUUGUUCAUGCACCGACAGCACGGGAAAGGACCACGGACGCCCCGUCGACGGCCAGUGCGUCGCAUCGUGCACUGAGCCCAAGGACUGUGACUCCGUGCAGCACAGCCACUGCUUCGGCGGCGUCUGCCAGUGCUUUGAGGGACUGCACCUGUACAACAGGAGCUGCGUACCGAACCGGUGCGGCAAGCACGUCUACUGCUCGGUGAACGAGACUUGCGUCUCCGGGCGCUGCUUCUGCCGACCGGGUUACAUGGUGCAGAACGGACGGUGCGUCCAGGCCGAGUGCUCCACGGACGCCGACUGCAUCUGGAAGAACACUGAGUGUUUUUCACGUCGAUGUGUGUGUCUCCCGGGAUACCGAAUAAUCGAGGGAGACUGCGAUCGAGAGUACUUCGGCAGCUGCAGUUUGGGCUGCACGUCGGUCCUCAAUAGCCAGUGUGGAAGCGGGGCCAUGUGCGUCUGCAGUCCCGGAUAUGUGUACCGCGCUGUUGGCGGAUACGAGACGUGCUCGCCCAUCGAGUGCCACCACGGCCUUGUGUGUCCUGGGCUGGGCGCAAGCUGCGUGGACUACGCUUGUGCGUGCACCGAUGGCAACCAAUCUGUCUCGUGCAGUGGCAAAACUGUACUGGCUGUCCUUUCGCUCAGGGAGGGCGGUUCAGCCAUAUUGUCCUUUUCCGAAGAAGAACCUCCCGCGUACGAGACUGUGCUGCUCCUCUGCGGCGGAGCGGUCGCCUUCAUCGCCGUCGGAGCCCUGCCCGUGCUCGUGUGGAGACACUUGGGACCGGGAAGGAAACUGCGACGCCCUCCGGCGGUGGGCUCCGUAGGCGUGGGACAGUAUCUCCUGGCGUGGCCGCAGCAUGCCGUGCCACUCGCUCCGGCGCCCGUAGUGCCGGAGCCCGCCGUUAGGGCGCCCAAAAGACGAUACCCGUUCGAAGCGCAAAACAUGUGAUGAUUAGGUUGAAAAUGAAAAUGGCUUUCUCGUAAGAUUUAGUAGGAAUUUCGACACCAAUUAGUUAUUCCGAGCUAUCGCUUGCUAUGAUUUGCGCAAGUUCCUUGCUAAUAAACUGCGAUUGAGUAUA